UGUCAUUAUCGAUUGUAACAAUUUCCAGAAAGUGCGCAUGACGCAUCCAAUUGACGUUUACUAUUAUUAUUCCUAUUUCUCCGAUUAACAUUCAGUAUAUCUGAAAACAGUUUUAAUACCGUCGUUGCUAAAACGUUUUCUAAUACAUACAAGUUCAAGAAGACUCGAACGUUACAUUACGUCAGUCUCUAAUACGGAAGAAUAUUUAAUUUCUGUGUGUGCUUCGUUCUAUUAAGAAUGUAAAUACAAAAACUUACAUAUAGUCUUGGUGUAGUGAUGGUCUUAACUGAUAAGUGAUAAAAUGAUUUGGAGCAUGUCAGGAAUUAAAACAAAAACGAUAAGAUGACAACUUGGCAGACACCAGGUGCAGGAUUUUAUCCAGGGCAACAAGGGUAUCCUCAGCAAAAUCCUGGAUAUCCACCUCAAGAAGGAUACAAUCCUGGUUAUCCGCCUCCUUACGGAGCAAAUCAACCACCAGCUCCUGGUUUCAUACCUCCGGGACCACCACCUUACGGACAGAGCCCACCCUUCGGGGCAGAACCACAACCGGGCAUGUAUGGGUCAAAUUAUGCCGAAGAUCCAAUGGGAUCCGAUAUCAAAGGAUUUGAUUUCUCGGAGAAAACCAUUAGAAAUGGAUUCAUCAGGAAGGUUUACAGUAUCCUGAUGUGUCAGCUUUCAAUCACAUUAGGGAUGAUCGCCUUAUUCCUUUAUCAUCAUCCUACGCAUAAAUUUGUGAUGGCACAUCCAGAACUAUUCUGGAUAUCUUUUAUAGCAACUAUCGUCAUGAUCAUAUGUAUGGCUUGUUGUACCAGUGUCAGACGAAAAGCCCCUUUGAAUUUUAUAUUCCUGUUCCUGUUCACAAUAGCGGAAAGUUUCUUGUUAGCUACCGCUGCUUCUACCUACAGCUCUGAAGAGGUGAUGUUAGCAGUCGGAAUUACUGCAGCCGUUUGUCUCGCACUGACAUUGUUCGCAUUCCAAACGAAAUUCGAUUUCACUGCUCUCAACAGUAUUCUGUUCGUUGCACUGAUAGUUUUCAUGAUUUUCGGACUAAUCGCAAUGAUAUGGAAGGGGAAGAUUAUCACCUUAGUAUAUGCAUCGCUCGGAGCUCUACUUUUCUCCGUUUACUUGAUCUUUGAUACUCAAAUGAUGAUGGGUGGUAGUCAUAAGUUCUCGAUUUCUCCGGAGGAAUAUAUUUUCGCAGCGCUGACCCUUUACUUAGACAUUAUCAACAUAUUCCUUUACAUCUUAACAAUAAUUGGCGCUUCACGAGAUUGAGCUUCGUAAAACAUUCUCCUCGUCGCUGGUUUAAUCUUGAAUUCAAAAACGCUUUUACUUACCGUCAUUCUUGUUUCGACUCUCUCUGUCCUGUACAUAGAGAGUUGAACUCAGGAAAGCAAUGAGGAACAUAAAGGUUUUAGCCGAGGAGCAUUAGCUUCUAUAAAAUGAUAGCUCUUACACAACUUGUUAGCAUCACGAAAAGUAUUGAAAAUAUAUUGUUUUAAAAUUAGACUUCUAGUCUUCUAAGUCAGACUAUUCCUAUGCUUGCUAAGGGAAGCAAGACACUUGUUACUGUAAAACAUAAAUAAGAUUGUAAGGAAUAUAAGCGCAUAAUACUUAUACACUUCUAUUUAUAUUUGUUCAUUUCAUAUUUUCUAUAAAAAGAAGUAUUACCUCCAUUGAGUUCGCUCUAAAAAAAAAUUUGUUUGAUAAAAAAAUAUUUUUCUAUUCUAUUAGAAGAUCUUAAGCAAUAUGAAUUUAAUUAUGUCUGAACUGCUUUUCAGUACAUUAAUGUAUGUAUGUACCGUAGUAUCGUGUUAUAUAUUAAAAUACUAUUCUAACUUCAAAUUAUCCUACUAAUAUAUACAUAUAUUUAUUCGUUGUAUGUGUUUAGAAGCCAGAAGCUACGUUACUCGAUUAUGUUUGACAAAUAAAUCAAAUACUUCGAUUUGAUAUCAUUUCUCUAUUCUAUUCUACAGAUUUCUCUUCACUUCUGUUCUGAAUGUAAAACAUUUUUAUGCUAUUCUCCCGCGUAUUAAGCACUGCAAAAACAAAGAUGAUAUAUGUGUGUCUAUUACGAUAAAGGUUAAACGCGCCACUUUUUAUUGAAUGUACAUUAUUAUAAUUUGUAUUCGCUGUAAAGGAAAAUAAAGAAAACAGUUGGUUCGAAA